AUGACUUUCUACUGGGGCUGCGAGGUGACGAUCCUGAUCAGCUCGUGGCACACAAAGACAUGGCUCAGUUACUCACUCUCCUUACUCGCUUGUCUCAUCGCUUCCAUCUUCUACCAGUACCUGGAGAACCGCCGCCUGCGACUCAAACUCAUCUCCAGCGCCUCUGCGAAAGCGAAUUCAUCACCCUCGGCUGCGAUCGAAGAGCCGCUGCUUCAGACGAUGGGUGGUGGGGGGAAAGGGAGGUGGUCGGCGGCGAGAGUGGGAGGAGCUGUGCUUUUUGGGAUAAAUUCAGGGAUUGGGUAUUUGUUGAUGUUGGCCGUCAUGUCGUUUAAUGCAGGGGUGUUCUUGGCUGUUGUUUUAGGAUUGGCAAUUGGGUAUUUGUUGUUUAGAAGUGAGGAUGAGAAUUUGAUGAUUCUUGACAAUCCUUGUGCUUGUGCUUAG